GGCGCCCCCGCUCCCCAGGCCACUGCUGCACCCGGACAGCAGCAGCACCAUCAACAACAACAGCAGCCCGCCUCCUACACACAGCCGUCUCCAAACACACAGCAGACCGCGGGCGCAACAUCAUCAGCUGCCGCAACCGGCAAUACCGUCCCUUCCACCGCAGCGGCAUCCGCAGCGCUUCCGUCCACGGUACAACUCUCCGCCGGACAGCCGUCUUCUGUUGCUGUCAACAACGCGGCAGGGGCUGGGGCCACGGCUGCUACGGCAGCAGCAGCCGCCGCUGCGGCAGCGGCAAGCACAUCUGUCUCAGCAUCCACAGCAGCCCUUAUGAACAGCGGCACUCAUGUUGGCAACAGCGGCAGCAAUGCCACCAUCGCCAGCAACAGCAACAGCAGCUCGAACUGCAGCCGGGUUGUGUUUGUGAUUGAGGCAACAGCAGCCAUGCUGCACUUCUGGCACAACCUGCGCACCUUGUACGUGGAGCUGCUGUUAAACCACAUCGGCAAAAACGCCUUUGGGCGCGUGGAGAUGGCUGUCGUACUGGUCGGCGCCCCAGAUUGGACGAGCGACCAACCCGUGGACAGCACCCCUUGGACGAGCAGCGUAAGCGAGAUACGUUCCGUACUGGACGCAAUUCAAUUCGCAGGCGGCGGUUUCGGCCCCAUCGCCCUAUCGCAGGCGCUCGCCCACGUCAUCUACUUGCAGACGCUUCCCUCCUCCAUGCCCGUAUCCGCUCCCUUGCCAGGAGGCGGCAGCCCGCCGCCUCCCGCGGAGCCGGUCGUGCCCUGCUACUGCCUGCUGCUGGUUACCUCUCCUGCGGACCAGCUGCCCGUGUACGUACCUGGCCUACCCAACCCCGCUACCUCAGCCACUCCUGCCGGAACCAGGCCCGGCAUGGCCUGCAUGCACACCCUAUCCAGCCUGAUGCGAUGUGUACGGCAAGCGUACAACAUGCACCUGAGCUUGGCGCUUGUGAACACACGCGACGCGGUGCAUCUGACGGCUCGCGACUACAUGAUGACGCUGCUGACGGACCACCUGGGCUACUCGCGCGGCGAGGGCGAGCUGCGGAACCACCUGGACGCAAUCAAGUUCGCCUUUCCGCCUCAUCGCGAUUACAUGGCCUUCAUCUCACCCGCCUGGGCGCCUGCUACCGCCGCUUUCAAGCGAGAGAUGGAGCACCGGAUCGGGG